CGCCACUCCAUUUCUAAAUUCCCUUUCCAUCGCCGCUUAUAUAUUUGUAUAUCCGACGCCCAAUGGGUGCCAUUCCAGACCCACCUCCAUCCAUUUUCUCCCUCUCUUUCUCUCGCUUUCUUUACCAUCUCCCGCAUGGAAGCCCUUCUUCUUCCCUACGAAAUUCACCCCCACUCUGUCGCCAAGGAUCGGGGACCAGAGUUGCAGGAGCUGCCGGAACCGGACAUCCAUAUCCUUACCUCCGGUGGACUUCGGAUACCUGUGCAUUCCACUAUUCUGGCAUCAGUUUCAUCGGUGCUGGAAAACAUCAUCAACCAUCCGCAAAAGCACCGGAGCUCCGAGAAAGUGGUUCAAAUUCUUGGCGUUCCGUGCGAGGCAGUCGUUUCGUUCGUUCAAUUUCUCUACACAUCUAGGUGCACUGAAGAAUAUCUGAGGAAAUAUGGAAUUCAUCUCUUGGCGCUAUCGCACGUUUACCUCGUUCCGCAUCUGAAGAAGCGAUGCAGCAAGCACUUGGCUCGAAAAUUGACGAUCGACAGCGUUAUUGAUGUACUCCAACUCGCAAGAAUGUGCGAUGCACCGGAUCUCUCACUCAGCUGUAUGAAAAUGGUGUCGAGCCACUACAAGGCCGUCCAGAAAACGGAGGGCUGGAAAUUCCUGCAAGAACAUGACCCUUGGCUGGAGCUUCAAAUUCUGCAGUUCAUGGAAGAAUCCGAAUUGAGGAAAAAGAGAUGCAGAAGGCAGAGGAAGGAGCAGAGGGUGUAUCUUCAGCUAAGCGACGCAAUGGAGUGCUUAGAGCACAUCUGCAAAGAAGGGUGCACAAACGUUGGGCCGCGCGACGUGGAACCCACAAAGAAGCCCUGCGCCAAAUUCUCGACGUGUCAUGGGGUUCAGCUUCUGAUUAAGCACUUUGCAACGUGUGCGAAGAGAGUCCACGGAGGAGCCUGCUGGCGGUGCAAACGCAUGUGGCAGCUUCUACGCUUGCAUGCCUCCAUCUGCGACCAAUCCGACGCUUGCAAAGUCCCUCUUUGCAGGCAAUUCAAGCUAAAAAUGGAGCAAGAGAAGGAUGGAAAAGAGGAUUCGAAGUGGAAGAUGCUGGUGAAAAAGGUGGUGUCUGCGAAAACCAUUUCCUCUCUCAGUCUUCCCAAAAGGAAGAGAGCGGCAGCAGCAGGGGACACCACGAGCGGCGACCGCAUCAGAAGCUUCAGAUUACAAUGUGUGGAACCAAAUGGAUCGGUGUUAUGAAGAAGAGGUUAGAAGAAUGUAAUGCUGUGUGUUUAAAAAUGGAGAGUAGAGUAGGACACUAGGACCCAGGAGAAACAGAGGCGUUUGCUUUCAUCAACUGUUUGUAUUUUGUAUAGGGAGGGAGGCAAUGUGUUGUGGUUGGUAAGAAAAUAGGUAGCCAAUAAAAAGUCUUUUUUUUUUUUUUUUUU